CUCCCUUUUAUUACACCACAUGCACUUAAUAUAUCAAUUUAACAAAAAAAUAGAGCAAUAUCUUUUUUUUCUAUCAUCAUAACCAGGUUUAAAAUGAACAUCGAAAUUACAAAUUACAUUUAAAAGGAAGCUUUUUGCUUAAGUAUAGCUAUGGCAGACCUACAUCAGGUUUUAAAUAACUACCUUCCAUUAAUCAAUUUCAUUUUACUUAUUUCAUACCGUCCCAAUGAUUUUUUUUUAAAUGUAUCAAUUAUAAAUCAAUCCCUUUUUUCUGUACAUAAAUAAUGUCCAUCUCAUAUAAUAAUAUGGAGAGGAAUGUUCACUUUAUUCUAAAUAUAUUAGAUGUAUUAUUUUAUAUCAACUGAAUACUUUAAUAUGUCAUUAAUAUCCUGCAUUACUGUAAAAUUACAGUAUCUCAAUACACAAUAAGCCCUUUUAGUUUUUGUUCUGCAGUUUCCCUAGAGUCACCUUGGACACUGGCAGCCAAAUGUUCUCCUUAUACAAAAACUCUAUCUUUUGAGUGCUGACAACCACUCCACAGAGUAACUGCUCCUUUCCCCUUUGUCUAUUGUCUGUUAUACUGUAUUUGCGCAACAGUACGGGGGUCACGUGGUUCUGGAUUACUGGGUUGAAACAAGGGACAUGACUUGGCUUGGCUCUAAUGGAAAUGUUACUCAGGUACGCUACUCUCCAGUCAUUGUUCAGAUUGUGUAUGAUCAGGGAGCAUUGUCAGUAGUAGCGCACAGAAGCAGCGGGCACAGUAUAGAGGUAUGGAGAGGCUCGGGGGCUGUAUGGCAACGUGCAGAGGUGAAACGCACAACACGGAGGGAGGCAGGACACUAGAAUCCAAACCGCCCAAUAAGGUUCUAUGGGGAUUUCUGACCGCCGUUUUGUUAUUAACUUGUAUUGCAAUUACUGUUAUAGGAAUUCUAGGAUUUAAACCAAAUAACCAAAAGUCUUUUUUUCAGAUCGUUCGAAUAUCGUUUCAAGACCAGUCUGGCUCCUUGGUGAACCAGUCUGCCUUAGUUGACAAGCAGAAGGAUGUAGUAACAUAUUACGUUACGUCCCAGACUAACCAUACUACGGCAGUGCUGUUUGACCUGCAAAAUGGUUUAUUAUGUUACAAGCCUGAUAACCAAGACACAUGCUUCCUGCGGAAAAUGGAAAGUGCCGAUUUAGAAAAUGUUCAGACCAUUCUGAACAUGUCAAAACACAAGGUGAAUCAGUUUUGGUUGCAAGGCAACCAGACCAGAUAUCAUACAGAAUUCUUAGGUGUCUUGGGAAGGAAUCAAGUGGAGCCCCUGACAGUAGGGAAACCAUUGCAGACCCUCUGUGAUCGCAUACCCAUCUUCUGGGUGAGGAAAGCUCAAGGUCCAGGAAAACAAAGAUUAAUUUACUUCUGCAUUGAUAUAUGCUUUCCAAAUAACAUCUGUGUUUCGGUCUGCUUUUAUUACCUUCCUGACUGAACCGCAUACCAUCAUGCUAAAGGAACAAAGUGGCCUUUUUUUCCAUGCCGUCUAUCUACUUGAAUACGCACCCUGAAAAAAAAAACUUUGGUAAACUUGAGCUGCAUUGAACACUGACCAAAAAACAAAGGGCCAGGUUUAGUAAGCUUUAACUCAGUAGAAAGUCAGCACCCUUUAUUUGCAAAAGGAAUGUUAUCCAUCCAAAAGUUUAGACAGCCUAACUUCCUUUUUGAAGGAAAUAGUGCAAAUUACAAACUGGCAAAAGCAUAGUAAAUUUGGUCCUUACUAAAAAAAAGUAUAAUGCUGUAUGUUUUUUUUUUUUACAAAGGUGAUAUGUGUUAAUAAUUUUUUAUGGCAAUAACUGUAGCAUUUGUAAUAGCUCCUGUAUAUAAACUACAUACGUUUUUUUUAAGAUGAAACAAAUAUGUGAAAAUGGGAGACGUUUUGUUUUUCUUUUAAACCAGAGUGUCACAAAGCUAAAGGGAAACAGAAGCUCUGUCUAGCACUUGCACAAAUGUAUAAUUUGGAGCAAGUUGUUCCAAAAUUGUGAUUUAAGAGAAGAUACUAUUGCCCAGAUAUUCAAAAAGUUUGCGCACCGCACAGAGGGUUAUUCCCGACUGCACAAAAUGUGCCAUAUUUGAAACUUCUUUUUGCGUGCCACAAUCCGUUUUGCACUGUGCACAAAUAUAAUGCUGGAGUGGCCAACAAUUUGCGAGAUCCUGUUAGAAAGUAUGUGCUAAGCACAAAACCAGUUUUGCGAGGCACAAAAUAACGCUUUUAAAAACCAAGCCCUAACUCCACACACAUCACUCCAGCACUCACUCACCCAAUCACUGAAGUGAAAUGCAGGCACUUUCUGAGGUAUUACAACAAUGGAAAACACCCAAUGUUCUGUCCACAUCUAUAUAAUGAUUAUAUUCAAAAGAAUGACUGUAAUAGCAGCAUCACUAGUUUUAAUACAUGUUUAAAACAUAAACAUGGAAGCUGCAAUUAUGAUCGUUCUUUUGGAGUGAAAGAAAACUAAAUCACUUUCCCAAGCAUGCUUUCUUGGUGCUGAAAGAAUAACUCCCAAAACAGAAUCAAGAGUACAGCACGGUAUCAUAGUACAUACCAUCGGUGUGUAACAUAGACCGAGCCGGCAGAUACUAAACAACUACCUAUAUAAUGCUUUAACAGACACAUACAGCAGUAUAUCAACCCUAGAUCGAUCAAGCAACAGGUUGCAACUCCUUACCUUGCACUCACAUAGAUUUUAAUAUCAAAGACACUAGUAGGCUAGGCUACUGAUUACUGUUCAGCCCGUUUUAUUUAAGUUCAAUUAAUUGCCCCCCAGGUUGGUCAAGCAAGUAGCCUUUUUUGUAGCUGAACAUGCAAACAAAACUGUAAAUAUAUAAGAUAUAGAAUCUCUAUAAAAAUCACUAAACAGCACUUCCAUCAAGUUGGGCACUUCUUGCUGUCUAAAACUUUUAAAUAGAGGCCCGAGAGCUGCUGUGUUGAUCCUGUGGUUUUAAUUUGUUGUUUUUAAUAUAGUAAUGUCACAUAUCACAUAGAGCUCUUUUUCAUUUGCCAUUUUUUAAACUGUUCUGCAGCUUCUGGUGAGGUGGCAAACAAGUGCAAGGUAUUUGUGUCAUUUUUAGCAAAUCCAAACAUUUGAUGUUUGUAUGAAUCCGCAUGUGAAAA